CACCACGGCAGGAGGUUUGGAAGGACUGCGGCAGUACGUAAACCUGUCCGGAAUGAGGGUUGUUAACGACAGUACGUCAAACCACAGCAACCUCCAGUCUGUCAUGGAAGACAUCAUGAAUCCAGAACAACGCGAUGCUUUUCAACUACACUGGUCACAGACCACCUCCGGAGAUGUGUCGGCUAUCGGAGAGCAGUCGGCGAUGUCAGCGAUGGCAGAGGUGCUACAGAGACCUGUCCGAGUCAUCACUGCACUCGAGACUAGCUACGUAGACGUUCUCUUCCUCCCAUCGCAGCCCCUCAGUACAACCGUUCCCGUGGUACCUGUAGUGAUCGGAGCAUACGGCAAAGACCACUACGUCAGAAUCGACUACGUCAUACCCGAGGUACCUUCACAAGCAGCGACAUCUUGCGGAGUCGAGCUCCACGCCAACAGCCCCAAAAGUGGCACAGCAGAAGAGGGAGAAGGCUUCAUAUGGGAGAAAACAGACGGAGGGCAUUCUCUUCAAUUCAAGACCACCAUCAACAGUCUUACCGAGAAGACGUGCCUCCCGAACAAGACAGACUCGCGAUGGGCCACCCUUACUACUGUCGCCUUCACCGACUGCACUGUGGACCUCAGAGGCACAGAAGAUGUACCGACCCUCGAAGUGCUCGCUCAAAACAUGCACCAAGAUCUGAUCACACUUGAGAACGUCUUAACUCUAAUUCCUCAGCGCUCCAGAGUGUCGAAGAUAUACCUUGCUGGAAACAAGUUGCGCCAGAUACCGGAUGGAUUGGGUCUCCUGCCGAAUCUAACAUGCCUGUCAGCACCGAAGAACAAGCUGAAGAAAAUCCCAGCCGGAAUUCCAGACCUUGGGUACCUCACCGUGGUCGACUUCAACCGCAACCAUCUGACAAAGUUUCCCGAAGUUCUCCAGCACCUCCCACUAUUGAAGAAAGUCUUUCUCUGCUGUAACAGGAUCAAAUCCGUCCCAACCGGGCUUCUUCCGAAGAUGAAAAACCUCACGGUUCUGGCCAUGGAUAAGAACCAUCUGAAAGGUGUCCCCCAAGACAUCGUGAAGUGCAGCAACCUUGUGGAGUUGCACAUCAAAGGGAACCCCCUCAGCAGUAUGCCUAGAAUGGUGUUCAGCAUGCCCAGUCUGCGUUUGCUAGGGGUUGACAGAAAGGUAUGGGAAGGUUUUCGGAAACACAAUGACGACACAAGAUACCGUGCAUCCUUUGACGUGUGCUUUGACAAGUGCGAACACAUGGGCUACGACGGGAAACAACAGGAUACUACCGAAGCAACAGGCACCACCAUCCAAAAAGCAGAAGACAAACUAAAGAGCCAAUUGGGAGAGGAACAUCUACCGAAGCAAGGCUUCCCGUCCGAAGAAGAAUACGAACAGAAGCAAGGAUGUCCCUCAGAACAGGAUCAAGAGGAUCUCCCUAUAUCCCCAUCAGCUGAAAUGAGUCUCACAACUCACGUCUCCAGCAUGGACGACUACAACAGUACUUAUCGAAGGUCCAUAGAAGACCCCGGCGAGUUUUGGCGAGAGAUCUCCGAAGAGUUCCACUGGGAAACCGGUCCAAAAGGAAAGUUUGUCGAACACAACUUCGACCCCAACGUCGGUGACGUUUUCGUACGAUGGAUGCCUGGGGCGACAACGAACAUCACCUACAACCUACUGGAGAAGAACAUUCGGGAGAAGUGCCUUGGGUCUUCCACAGCGUUACAGUGGCAAGGGGACGACGACGUGGAAACAAGGGAAGUGACGUAUGACCACCUGAAGACCCUGGUCUGUCGAGCAGCGAACAUGUUGAAAGCUAAAGGGAUCAGGAGAGGCGACCGAGUGAUGAUCUACAUGCCACAGACGAUAGAGCAGGUAGUCGCCAUGCUGGCCUGUGCACGCGUCGGUGCCGUGCACUGUGUUGUGUACGGAGGGGCAACGGCUGAGUACCUGGCGGACCGGGUGAAAGAUUCGAAGUGUACCGCCAUCAUCACCGCUGACUUUGCCGGUAAAGACGGCGGCAGGCAGCCCGUGAAGACUGAGGUAGACAGGGCCUUGAAACUCUGCGGCAGGGAACACUUCGUGCGCUUCUGUGUCGUCGUGCGGCGUGUUGGCGUCGGUGACCAGGACACUUGGCCGAAAGCAACCGGGUCGCAAGAGAGCAGCGUCCCGUGGUGUGACGGAAGAGACUACUGGUGGCAGGAAGAGAUGGAGAGAGUGGACGACGAGUGUGAACCAGAAUGGAUGGAUGCAGAGGACCCCCUGCUAAUUCUCUACACAAGUGGUUCUACUGGCUCUCCGAAAGGAGUAAUCCACACAGUCGGCGGCUACAUGAUGUACGCAGCAACUACCUUCAAAUACGUCUUCGACUGCGGCAACGUUACCAACAAAGUCCACUUCUGUACGGCCGACCUGGGCUGGGUGACCGGGCAGAGUUACGUCGUCUACGGCCCGCUGCUGAACGGGGUCACCACGGUCCUGUUGGAGGGCGACCCUCUCAAAGCCAAUAGGAUCGUCUCCAUGGUGAGGCGGUACAGCGUCACCAGCCUCUACACCACGCCCACCGCCAUACGUCACAUGAAGGCAACUAGCGGUUCUGAAGCGAACUACAAGCUGGACACUCUCCGCGUCGUCGGCACCGUCGGAGAACCGAUCGCGACAUCAACAUGGCGGUGGUACCGGAGCACCAUCGGCGGCGACCAUUGCUCCGUAGUCGACACGUACUGGCAAACGGAGACCGGCGGGCACGUCAUGACACCCCUGCCGGGAGCCACCCCGAUGAAGCCCGGCUCCGCUACGCUGCCGUUCUUCGGGGUCGAACCGGCAGUUCUGACCGACGACGGUACGGAGAUGGUAGGUCCGUGCGAGGGACACCUGGUCUUCAAGUCACCAUGGCCGGGGAUGAUGCGGGGGAUCAACGGCAAGCCGGAAAAGUUCACCUCCUACUUCCAACAGUUUCCCGGGUACUACUACACGGGGGACCGGUGUCGGCGGGACGGGGAUGGGUACUACCGGAUCCUCGGCAGGCGGGAGGACAGAGUCAGCAUCCCCGGCGCCAUGGGACAGGUCUUCAACCAACUAGACGUGGAGGCAACACUUCUUCAGCACCCUGAUGUAGAGGACGUGGCAGUGGUGACAACGGACCCGACAGACGACACGGGCGAGUGCCACAGCGGCGGGUACGACAACUGGUACAUUUUCGUCACACUCCGCCAGACGGCGUGCCUGCACGCGCAAACCAUCUUCACCAACCUCCGAGAGAUGCUGGCCACGUCGUUACACGUCUUCACCCCGCCCAGCCACAUCCACUGCGCGAGCGAGUUACCGCGAACCUGGUCGGACAAGGUCCUCAGGCGGCUGCUGCGUAAGGUUGUGCUCAACGAUCUGGACCUUGGCGACUUUCAUGUCGUGGCCAACCUGAAGUCCCUCCCCAAACUUUUCAGGCAGUGUCGCGACAUGCAAACUUCGUGUCAACCUAUUGAUAUGUUUACAAAACCACGAACCAUGCCAUCGUGAAAAAACUGCCAAAUCCCUGCAAACAAGACAAAAAAGAGACAUAGUGCUAAACUUGAUCAGUUUUACAAAAAUCAUGUUAUUUUGUAAAGAAAUUUCGACACGUGGUAAUUUUAAUGUCACUCCAUGCCUAGAAAUCUGUUGUCAAAAUCAUGACAUCUUAAAAACAAAUAGUUGGAAAAACAAAUUUCAAGUACUCAUGUAGAUAUUUUGUGGAAAAUAUGUACUCCCCAAACUUUUCAGGCAGUGUCAAGACAUACAAACUUCAUGUCAGUCUAUUGAUAUGUUUACAAAACCACGAACCAUGCCAUCAUGAAUAAGUGCCAUGUCCUGGAAAACAAAACCUGUUAAAAA